AUGCCCGCAGACACUAUCAACAUCUCAUCCCUGGCCGUCCACCUCCCAAACGGCCUCGGUCCCUCCGCCUUUCACCUCACCCCACCUCCGCCAUGCCCUGUCUCCAUCUCACUCACCAUCCAUCUCUUCGCCGGCAGCGUCAAGGCCACUUCUGAGGGCGACGACAUGGCCGGACUCGGAGUUAACUACUCUGCAGUCUCCAAGGCUGUCUAUGCGCUUGCUGGAGGUCAGGAGAAAGUCUGGGGUGAUGCAUGGGAGCUGAUGAGGGGUGUUUCGGAGAUACCUCUAGACUUGCCGGAUGUGCAGAGUGUGGAUGUCCGGAUAGGCCUUCCCAAAGCACUUCUUCAUGCUAUGGAGGCCGUGUACACUGCUACGUACACCAAGACUGGUGGUUUGGUGGAAGAAAGCAGGUCGUCGGAAAUUAGAGACUUGAAGGUGGCCUGCAUUGUCGGUUUGCACCCCCAUGAGAGGAAAGAGAAGCAGCGCCUGGAGGUGGAUGUCAGGGCAUAUGAUUGUGACUGGAAUGCUUGGGGACACAAAGGCUUUGCCGAUCAAGUAUACGAAUUUGUGUUAAAUUCAGAGUACGGCACUAUCGAGACUUUGGACCAUGAAUUGGGACAUUCUCUGCUGAGCAGCAAAUACCUCGGCUCAGGCAACACUCCCCGUCUUCAAAUAACCAUCCGUAAACCCUCUGCCAUCCCCUUUGCCACGCCCGGCAUCACCAUUCACCGUACCCACUCCGACUACUCCCCAACCCCUUCCACAUCCCAAGAGUGCACCGGAAGUGAAAGAGUGUUCAUAGCUGUGGGCGGCAAUAUCGGCGAUACUGUGAGCAAUAUCAGGACAGCUGUCGGAUUGUUGCAGUCAGGCGGUUGCAACUUGAUUGCGACGAGUAGACUCUAUGAGAGUGAGCCUAUGUAUGUUGAGGAUCAGGACAGGUUCGUCAAUGGUGUCAUCGAGGUUACCACCUCUCUCGAACCUCUGAACCUCCUCCGCCUCCUGAAGCGUACUGAGCGAGCCACCGGCCGAACCAAAACGUUCACCAACGGUCCCCGGGUCGUCGACCUCGACCUCGUAUUCUAUGGGCAGCGCGUGCUCAAGAUUGGAAGUGAGACCGACACGGAAGAUGCCGAUGGUGUCAGAUGGCUCGAGUGCCCGCAUGCGAGGUUGGGUGAACGAGAAUUCGUACUGCGGCCUUUAGCAGAUAUCGACGCUUCUUUCACCCAUCCUGCUGUGGGCAAAUCCAUCUCUCAGCUAUUGGACUCACUCCCCGACCCUUCCUCACUCGGCCCCAUGAUCCCCCUCCGAACACAUUCGCGGCCUCUCCGCCUCUCCUCUCCCGCGACUCCCAGGAUCAUGGCCAUCUUCAACGCCACCCCCGAUUCAUUCUCUGACGGCGACCCAUCUCGGACCUCUACCAAGCACGCCUUGGAAGAAUGUCUCAAACUUGUAGAACAAGGGGGAGCAGAUAUCCUUGAUAUUGGGGGUAUGUCGACGCGACCGGGGUCGGAACCUUGUACAGAGGAGGAAGAGGUAGAAAGGGUGGUACCCCUCAUCGCUGCUAUCCGACAACACAGCAAUACCAAGCUUGCCCGCAUCCCUAUAUCUGUCGACACCUACCGCGCUUCCGUGGCCCAGCAAGCGGUAGCAGCUGGUGCGUCAAUCAUCAACGACGUCCGUGGCGGGCGUGAACCUGGCAUGUUGGCAGUCAUGUCAGCCGCAGAUGUACCCGUGGUGCUCAUGCACUCGCGAGGCGACUCCAAAACGAUGACGUCUGCAGAGUCGCAAGACUAUACAGCUCUUGGGGGUGUGGUGGAAGGUGUCAAGAAGGAGAUGGCAGAGACGGUAGAGCUCGCUUUGAAAGCUGGGGUCAAGCGCUGGAACAUUAUCCUAGAUCCUGGACUUGGUUUCGCCAAGUCUGGUUCUCAAUCCCUCGCGCUGCUUCGUCGCCUCCCCGAGCUCGUCUCGUCAUCUUCGCCCCUGCACAACUACCCACUGCUAGUCGGCGCGAGCAGAAAGGGCUUUGUAGGCCAGGUGACUGGGAGAACGGUGGCAAAGGAGCGAAGCUAUGGAGAUGCCGGGGUCAGCGCGUGGUGUGUUGGGAGUGGAGUGGUGGAUAUCUUGAGGGUCCAUGCGAGUGGGGAGAUGGGGGACGUCGUCAAGAUGGUACAAGCUAUUAGAGAUGCCGAGUAG